AUGGCUACACCCUCCUACGGCGACCGUCCCCCGCUACAAGGGUACCGCAGAACCUUCACAGUCCCGUCGCGCUCUCUCUCCCUUCAUGAAACCGCGGGACUCGACAAAGCCGAUGCUGAUGCCAAUAUCUUGUACUCACAUCCCUCUGUGCGAAUUGUGACCUUCUCUCCCCCGACCGAUUCGAUUCCCCCACAAAGCAAGGAAAUAUCGCCGGAUACCGACUACCCUGUUGAUACGAUUGAGACUCUACCAUGGCGGUCGCGGACAGAGACCCUUGCUUCCACUGGAGGCAUGGUGAUCGAGAAAGUUCGUGGAUCUGGUAAUUUUCUCAAGUCGACCGACCAGAGAGUCAUCCACACGAUUAUGCGUAAUUCGCAGUGUUGGUGUGUAGACGGAGAAUCCAAGUUCGUGUUGCGAACUGGCAAGUUCCGCUACUACCGAAUAGAAUUGCCCUCCGAGACGGAAGUGGACAAAGAGAAGGUCCAGGAAUUGAAAACUGUGUUGAACAAAGUCCUCCGUUUUGAAAGGACUCCAUGUCCGUUCAAGCGGGCAUUUCACGUGAAUCUCCCCGACGACGCCAUGACGCCUCGACGGAAAGGAACCUGGAAACGAAAACAGCCUCCACCGCCCGCCACUCCGAACACUGAUCCUCUACCAAGGACCAAGAACACCCGCACUUGGAGUUUGCAAGGACAAAAUACCCCGACACCUCUUCCGACAUAUGGGCGACGUGGGUCAGACUAUGGUUACAAUCCAAGUCGUGGGUCAUCUCCACUAACUCAGCAUGAUGGAGAAGGAUAUCAAUCAACGACCUCAUCUAGUCUGGCGUCUAGCGAGGAUGCCGGUGAAAGACGGCCAUGGGUGGGAUCUAGCGAAGGUGAUCCGCACCAAAACGAGACACGAUCUGUACCAGAGGAGGAUGACGGAUCUAUCAAUGAAUCAGAGCACCAAGAAUCAUCGGCUCCUACGGAUGAUGUGGCCGCCACUGACAAAUGUACGACACCUGAUUCCGCGGAAGCUUUGAACUCGACAACAAUGGUAGAGGGAUCAUCCUCAGAGGCUGCUGAGAGACUGCCUGCGGGCCUGCAGGCUGGCAUGAGAGCAUCGACAGAAGGAGACGCGCCAUCGAUACAUUCUCGGGAAGACACCCUGGGUGAGACAGUCCCUGAAGAUCGGCACAAGAAAGAAGAGUGGCAAGAAAAGCCGGAAGAGGAGGCACCUCAAGAGGAAACAAUUGAAGCUGAGACAUCGAAUGAUGGUGUCUCUGGGCGAAAUCUUUCUGAGAGCAAUGAAGCAGAAGAAGAUUCUUCUGCCGUAAGGUCUUUCCAUGAACCACCCCAAGUGAGCAAAGAGUCUUUCCAGACCAAUGACAUUGACCCUACGCCUUAUUCGGUCUCCGUUGUCUCGGGAGAGGGCUUUUCGAAAUCCGUUGACAAGUCUGCCGCCGGGUCUCCCAUGCCGAGUCCCGAGACUCUACUGCCUGUGGACAACUUCGCCAAAGAGCCCGGAACAUCUGAGUGGAAUGGGGAGGUUGCACCACAGGGUGACAACUCGAGCGUUGGAAAUCAAGAUGACGGCUCACUGAGUCGCGUUUCAAGUGUUGAUUCUUUCCACACAACGAACUCCCUGACCCAGGAAUCGCUGCAGGAGCACGUUGACAGUAUCGGUUCGGAAACGACACCUAAUGCUGAAACGUUUGGUCCAUUCAGCACGAAUAUACGGCAGCACCGAAGGGAGUUAUCGGAAUUAACAGUGACCGCAUCAACGAUAGAUGAUCCUUCGGGGCCCAAUGCCGAUUGGCGGCCGCUCACAAGCGAUUCCCUCGAUAAACCUCCAACACCGGGACUUGCCAGAUCCUUAGCUUCGGAUUCCUCUUGGCCUGAAGUUCACACACCCUCAUCACCAGUCCAGGAUGGUUUGAGGCGGCGUUUGAGGGUAAAACGUUCGCUGUCACCUCUACCACCAUCUGCAACCCUAUUCUCACCUCCACCUCCAAAUCAUGGAAACCAUCUUACCGCGACUAUCCUCCAGAAAGCCUGCACUGUGGUAUUGGUGCAGCCAAUUGAAGCUGUCGUGUGGCUUGUCCAUAUCUUGGCUCGUAUAGCUGGUGGAGCGACGGUCAAUGACCUUCUCAGUGGAGAUCUAUUCCGACGACCAGAGCAACAUCGUCGAAACUCGAGCUUCCCAGAUCAAGUCACUUCACGAGAUGAUAGCGAUGAAGAUGAUUUCGGAGUUCCUAUCCGUGGAAGAUGUCGAAGCGAGGAAGCCAAAGCGAAGACACAAAUGGCCAAAGAAGACGAUGCUGAUUCGAUCUUUGAUCUGGAUUGA